GUUAUACUUAUCCUGACGAAGCUAUAUGACUUCAACCUGGGAAGCGUGACGGAGAGCUCUCUUUGGAGAUCAACAGAUUAUGGCACCACCUAUGAAAAGCUGAAUGACAAAGUGGGUUUGAAGACUGUCCUCAGUUACCUGUACGUCAACCCCACCAACAAAAGGAAGAUCAUGCUUCUUAGUGAUCCUGAGAUAGAGAGCAGCAUAUUGAUCAGCUCAGAUGAAGGGGCAACCUAUCAGAAAUACCGGCUCACCUUCUACAUCCAGAGUCUGCUCUUUCACCCCAAGCAAGAGGACUGGGUACUGGCCUACAGUCUGGAUCAAAAGCUCUACAGCUCCAUGGACUUUGGAAGACGGUGGCAACUCAUGCAUGAACGCAUCACACCCAACAGGUUUUACUGGUCAGUGGCCGGACUGGAUAAGGAGGCAGACCUGGUGCACAUGGAGGUGCGGACAGCCGACGGACAUGCUCACUACCUUACCUGCAGGAUUCAGGAAUGUGCCGAGACUACUCGGAGUGGGCCUUUUGCCCGCUCCAUCGACAUCAGUUCCCUGGUGGUCCAGGAUGAAUAUAUAUUCAUUCAGGUAACAACUGGUGGAAGAGCCAGCUACUACGUGUCCUACCGGAGAGAGGCCUUCGCUCAAAUAAAGCUGCCCAAGUACUCGCUGCCCAAGGACAUGCACAUCAUUAGUACCAAUGAGAACCAAGUGUUUGCAGCGGUCCAGGAAUGGAACCAGAAUGACACGUACAACCUCUACAUCUCAGACACACGUGGGAUCUACUUCACCCUGGCCAUGGAGAACAUUAAGAGCAGCCGAGGUCUGGUGGGAAACAUCAUUAUUGAAUUGUAUGAGGUAGCAGGUAUCAAAGGGAUAUUCCUGGCAAACAAGAAGGUGGAUGACCAGGUGAAGACAUACAUCACGUACAACAAAGGCAGGGAUUGGCGCCUCCUGCAAGCUCCAGAUGUGGACCUGAGAGGCAACCCAGUACACUGCCUGCUGCCUUUCUGCUCCCUACACCUACACUUGCAGAUCUCCGAAAAUCCAUAUUCCUCGGGAAGAAUCUCCAGCAAGGAGACAGCUCCAGGGCUCGUGGUGGCUACAGGCAACAUUGGUCCGGAGCUCUCAUAUACUGACAUCAGUGUGUUCAUCUCUUCUGAUGGGGGCAACACAUGGAGACAGAUCUUUGAUGAAGAGUACAAUGUCUGGUUCCUAGACUGGGGUGGCGCCCUCGUGGCCAUGAAACACACACCUCUGCCAGUCAGGCAUUUGUGGGUGAGUUUUGACGAGGGCCACUCCUGGGACAAGUAUGGUUUCACUUCGGUUCCUCUCUUUGUGGACGGGGCCCUGGUGGAGGCAGGCGUGGAGACCCAGAUUAUGACAGUUUUUGGCCACUUCAGCCUCCGCUCAGAAUGGCAGUUGGUGAAGGUGGACUACAAAUCAAUCUUCAGCCGACACUGCAGCAAGGAGGACUAUCAGACCUGGCACCUGCUCAAUCAGGGGGAGCCUUGCGUCAUGGGAGAAAGGAAAAUAUUCAAGAAACGCAAGCCAGGAGCUCAAUGUGCCCUGGGCCGAGACUCCUCAGGGACAGUGGUCUCAGAACCCUGCGUCUGUGCUGACUGGGACUUUGAAUGCGACUAUGGCUUUGAGAGACGUGGAGAGAGCCAGUGUGUCCCUGCUUUCUGGUACAACCCGGCAUCUCCAUCUAAGGACUGCAGCCUUGGUCAAAGCUACUUUAACAGCACUGGGUACCGGCGAAUAGUGUCCAACAACUGCACAGACGGCCUGAGGGAGAAGUACACCGCCAAGGCCCAGAUGUGCCCUGGAAAAGCCCCUCAUGGCCUCCACGUGGUGACGACUGAUGGGCGCCUGGUGGCGGAGCAGGGACACAAUGCAACCUUCAUCAUCCUCAUGGAGGAGGGUGAUCUCCAAAGGACAAACAUCCAGCUUGACUUUGGGGAUGGGAUUGCAGUGUCCUACGCUAAUUUCAGUCCCAUUGAAGACGGCAUCAAGCAUGUGUACAAGAGUGCAGGCAUCUUCCAGGUGACGGCCUAUGCGGAGAACAGCCUGGGCUCAGAUACAGCGGUCCUCUUCCUGCACGUGGUUUGUCCUGUGGAGCAUGUUCAUCUCCGAGUUCCAUUUGUUGCCAUAAGAAAUAAGGAGGUCAACAUCAGUGCAGUUGUGUGGCCCAGCCAAUUGGGUACUCUUACGUAUUUCUGGUGGUUCGGCAAUAGUACAAAGCCCCUCAUCACCUUGGACAGCAGCAUUUCCUUCACAUUCCUAGCAGAGGGAACAAAUACCAUCACUGUCCAGGUGGCUGCUGGGAAUGCCCUCAUCCAGGACACAAAAGAUAUCGCUGUUCACGAAUACUUCCAGUCCCAGCUCUUGUCUUUCUCUCCUAAUCUGGAUUACCACAAUCCUGACAUUCCAGAGUGGAGGCAAGAUAUUGCCAAUGUGAUCAAGCGGGCUCUGGUGAAAGUAACCAGUGUCCCGGAAGACCAGAUCCUAGUUGCCGUGUUCCCUGGCCUCCCCACUUCUGCAGAGCUCUUCAUCCUUCCCCCCAAGAACUUGACGGAGAGGAGGAAAGGCAAUGAAGGGGACCUGGAACAAAUUGUAGAGACUCUGUUUAAUGCUCUAAACCAAAACCUGGUCCAGUUUGAGCUGAAGCCAGGGGUUCAAGUCAUUGUGUAUGUCACACAGCUGACCUUAGCGCCACUGGUGGACUCUAGUGCUGGGCACAGCAGCUCAGCCAUGCUUAUGCUCUUGUCAGUAGUGUUUGUCGGCCUGGCUGUGUUUCUGAUCUACAAGUUUAAAAGGAAAAUACCCUGGAUUAACAUAUAUGCUCAAGUCCAACAUGACAAGGAGCAGGAGAUGAUUGGGUCAGUGAGCCAAAGUGAAAACGCCCCCAAAAUCACACUCAGUGACUUCACCGAGCCCGAGGAACUGCUGGACAAAGAGCUGGACACCCGGGUCAUAGGAGGCAUCGCCACCAUUGCAAACAGUGAAAGCACAAAGGAGAUCCCCAACUGCACUAGCGUUUAA